GGGGCGAGGUUUUCAGGGGAGGGAAUGAAGGAGUAAGCAGGACUGUGCCGCUAACACAGAAUCACUGUGUUAGUACAGCUGACAAUAAAAGAGGACAGGCAUGGUUGGAGAAAGGCUGAAGGAGAGAAGUGGGAGCGAGUGAGAAGAACAACAAACCAUCAGCAGCCAGUCUCGGACACUUCAUGUUUUUCAUCUAUAUACGGAAAACCACUGGAUAAUUUAUAAGCCUCUCCCUCUCGCUCUGUGUGAGUGUGUGUGAGGGGGGGAGUGCUGAUCUCACCAUGCUGUGUCCUGCUGCUGUCAGUGCAGCUGCUGCGGCUCUCUGGCUGCUGGCAGCGCUGGGCCCAGGCCUGUCUCACGCAGCUGAGGAGAACUCAGACCCAGGCUUCAGCCUCUGCAGCCGUUGCUUCUACAGACAGGAACCUCCUCAGGGAGCCUCUGCAGAGCCUCCGCUGCGGCCGCUCUGCCACAGAUUGCCCGGGGGACAGACGUUUGCCACCCUGUCCAAGCCGACCUGUGACACAGUUGCCUACUCAGCGUUUCGUCUCAGCCAUGGAUCAACAGAAGGAGACGGAGUGGAGGAGGAAGAGUUAAUGCAUGACACUGAAGUGGCAGUACCAGCGCUCCUCACAGGGGGACGUCCUGCCUCCCAUCCUACCUCACCCACAAACUUCCCUCUCCAACAGUGGGACUCAGCAGUCACAACGCUGGUCCUGUCGAGCGUCUCUCCCCAGUGCUUGGCUCUAGGGGGUGAUCUCUAUAUCCUGACUGGGGCGGGCGGAUUCGAUGGCGAGUGUCAGACGGAGCCCCUGUGGUCUGCCCUGUGCUGCUCUGUCCCGGAGGGGAGGGGGGGCUUCAGCGUGGGGUUAAUCAGAGAGGCAGGGAAAGAGCAGAGGCAAGUGAGCGUGAAGGAGCUGCAGGAGCUGCUGGGGGUGCAGGGGUUGUUCUCCGAAGGCUGCGGGAGAACAGAUGAGAUCGUUGCAGGUGUCGUAGAGCAUCACAGUGAAGAAAAGAAAGAUGACGGCAAUGUUUCUGGUGCAGCGCUGGGUGAUAAAGAUGUGGAUUCAAGUGUUGCUACUGGGGGAGAAGGGGAGGCUGGUGAAAUCAGGCAGGGGACUUCGGCAGGUGCAGUGAAAUCAGGGAGAAGCGGUGGAGAGCAGGGGGAUGAAACCCAUUCAGCUGUUGUUGGCUCAGACCCUCCAGAAUCUUCAGCUGACUAUGAGAGAGUGGAUGACGACGAGACAGACACGAACUCAAGCAGCAUUCUGCUCUGCGUCCUCUCCACCACCUUUUCCAUCCUUACAGCACCGCUAAGGCCUGUGGUGUCUACAGUCACACAGUUACCGGGACAGGUGACCUAUGUUCUUCAGGAAGAUCUCGGCGUGCUCUGUGCUCUGCCUGGAGAUACCGUUUCCAUCUUUCACCUCUUGGCCUCGGACCUUCUCUCCUGGAUGGGCUCAGCUGCAGAUUUGGUGCUGUGUGUUGGGGAAACCAUCGUCUCCAGCAGCUACUUCUGCACUUCUUCCAUGCUAGAAGCCCUGACCACUAGUCUGUACACUGGGGUCACCGGCAUAGGGACCCUGGCUGGUGACAUAGUGGGGAUAUUUAGCGAUGCAUUGGAUAACUUGUGGUGGGUGUCUAAGUUCUUUGGGGGGAGGCUGUGGGAACAAAGUGAGGAUUAUGUGGAGACAGUGGUGUCAGAAAUGGGGGUUCAGGCCAGCACUGCAGGUAAAGGCUUGGGCAAACUGGUGUCAAGAAGCGGAAAUGGAGUGGGGAAAGUGUUCAGGCUGGGAGAGGGUUUGGUAACAGGGAUGGUGAAUAUGGUGAUUGGUGGGGUGAAAGAGGCAUUUGGGAAUGACUCAGAGUGAAGAAAGAGAAAAAAAGAAGGCCCAGCCUUGAUAAAGCCAUCAGUAACAAACUUUGUACAAUUUAAGUUUGUUUUUUGGUACAUGGGAAUGUGCAAAAAGGAGAAGCAUGCUGGCUUUAUUUGAUAAACCUUUGCUGUUAAGGAUUAACACAUUUUAAAUCAAAUGUAGAAUAUCACUGAUUUCUUUCGCUGUGUUACACGUCACUGAGGAGCUGGCUGUCCAGAUAAUCUGCUGUAUUUGAGAGAUCCAACUGUGAUUAAAAAACACUGUGCACACUGUGCUUUAUGAUGUAAGUAUUCAAGACUACUCUGGUAAAAUGAUUGUUGUAUCUGUAUAUAUACGUAUGUAUAUUUGAAUAAAAAAUGCUGAAUACAGUUGAAACACA